ACAGGGAACUUCAGACAGAACACUGUCUCAGCUCAAGCUCCUCCAUGGGCUCUGAGUACCAAUCGGAUCUCUGCUUCCCACAGCUAGGCAACAUCUCCUGCAAGAAGCCUACGUCUGACGGGUCUUUGAGUUUGUUUGUCUUUUUCAGAGUCUUCCUGUCCAUCGCCUGCGUCCUCACUGUGCUGCUCAACCUGUUCGUCAUCAUCUCUAUCUCCCACUUCAGGCACAUGUUCUUUUGCUCUGAACCCAAGAUUUGUUCUACUGUGUUGAAUGAUGUAGCCGCCUACUCCUCAUCACCUUGAAAGUGUAUUUCAUAACAUCUUGUUUGCAUUAUCUGUUGUUCUAUGUGUUUGUGUGUGUUUUUGCAGGCAGCUCUACACCCCCACCAACAUCCUCCUCCUCUCCCUCGCCAUCUCUGACAUCCUGGUGGGCUUGGCGGCGAUGCCACUAAUGAUCAUCAUGAGCACAGCCUGCUGGUUUUUUAGUCCCAUGGCAUGUGUUCUUUGGAAUUACCUGACUUUCAUUUGUCAGUCUGCUUCUGUAGGAAACAUGGUGCUGAUAUCAGCAGACCGUUUCCUGGCUAUUUGCUAUCCUCUGCAUUAUACUGUCAAAGUCACUGUGACAAAAACUCAACUUUGCGUUUGUGUCUGUUGGUCAGCUUCCGUUAUCUUCUGCACCAUGUUUUUGAAGGACAACUUGGCUGAUCCCGAAUUGUUUCUCACUUGCAUUGGAGAAUGUUUUAGCCAUUUCGGUGUUAUCGGAGGCAUUCUGGACUUCAGCAUCAACUUCUUUCUUCCUCUAAGCAUUAUUGUCACGCUGAACAUGAGAGUGUUUGUGGUUGUCGUGUAUCAGGUGAGAGCCAUGCGCUCUCUCAACAAACGUGUUCAACUUUCUGCCCCUUUCAGAGCAAAGAAAUCGGAGCUGAAGGCCGCCAACACCCUGGGUGUUCUCAUUCUGGUCUUUCUGCUGUGUUUCUGUCCAUUCUACAUUGUACCUCCGUUGGUUAGAGAACAUGAGAACUUGCGUUCAGUGAUGGAUUAUGUCUAUUAUGUGUAUAAUUUGAACUCGUGUGUGAACCCCUUGAUUUACGCCGCCUUCUACCCCUGGUUUAGAAGAGCUAUUAAGCACAUUGUCACUUUGCACAUAUUUCAGCCUGGCUCCUGUGACACAGACAUAUUGAAAACUAAACGUGCUCACAUUUGAUUUAUUGAAAUGCCACUGCUUCGUGUGGCGUUCCAGCCACAUUGCCGAUAGCCUUUCCUGUUUGCCCUAGCAAAUUUAAGCUUAGAUGAAGCUUAGUGCGGCGCUUCAUGUAUUUUGGAAAAGAAAUAUGUUUCAGUUUGCACCUGCUCUGCCGCCUCGCCUCCCAAUUGCCAGCAAGGGUCGGUCACGUCUGACUUGUCCCGACCAAGCUGUUACAUCCACACGCUCCACUGUUUUGUA